ACGCCAUCUUUUCAUCCCGCCUCGCCCGUCCGGUCCACCGGGAACACACUCCUCUCCUCUCCGUCCUCCGCAAGUUGGGGCGUUUUCCCUCUCGGUUCUCCGCCCUCAUCAGUCACCGGACAGUUCACCGGAAACAACGGGACAUUAACGGUUUCAGAGCGCGUGUUUAGUCUCCGUUAUCUGUGUUGUUGUCGGAGAGACGGAGGUCAACGGAACCGGAGAAGAAGACUUUCAGACGGACCGGUGAACUCUACCGGCAGACUCCAUGCUGGUCGGCUGGACUCCACACAGGCUGUGCAGCGGUGGCUGAUCUGGGACCAGCCUGGUGGACUCUAGGCUGCAGGACUCUGCUGUCUGUGGUCAUGAAGCUGGUCUGCCCUCUGUACCGCCCCCUGUGGUUCCUCAUGCUGCUGGGAGCCGGAUCUCUGCUGCUGCUGGUCCACCUCCAGGACCUGACCGAGAUGGUCCUGCAACAGAACCCAGGUGUGAACUCGCUGGAGGCUCCCAGGUGGCCCGUUGAGAAGGAUGACGACGUUGUGACCGGUCAGACUCUGGUGAAGCUGAAGGACUCUGAGUCUCUGUUGGUUCUGGAGGACGCCGUCGGCUACAAACCGCCGGUCACCAAACGCCACAGGAAGCUGCUCCUGAAGAACCCUGCCGGUGGCGAGGAGGAACUACAUCUGCAGCAGCAGCUGGCGGAGACGCUGGCGUCCCGGCGCCGACUGCUGACCGACGUCUGUGCCAAAUACCGGCCGGGCGUCACGGAGCAGCUGGUCUCGCGGCGGCAGUUGUCCCGGGUUUUCGUGGAGGACCGGUCCAGGCUACUCUACUGCGAGGUGCCCAAAGCCGGCUGCUCCAACUGGAAGCGGGUGCUGAUGGUGUUGGGAGGCAGCGCCACCUCCACACGAGACAUUCCUCACGACGCGGCGCAUUACGGCAACCACCUGCGGCGGCUGGAGAGCUACGACCGCACCGGCACCGCCGAGAGACUCCGGUCCUACACCAAAGUCCUGUUCGUCAGGGAGCCUUUUGAGCGUCUGGUGUCGGCGUUUCGGGACAAGUUCGAGAGUCCGAACUCGUACUACCACCCGGUCUUCGGACGCCCCAUCAUCUCCAGAUACCGCGCCAACGCCACACACACCGCCCUGCGCACUGGCGCCGGCGUCACCUUCAGGGAGUUCGUCCAGUACCUGCUGGACGUGCGCCGGCCGGUGGGGAUGGACAUCCAUUGGGAGCCCAUCAGCCAGCUGUGUAACCCCUGCCUCCUCAGGUACAACUUCAUCGGCAAGUUCGAGAGCCUGAAGGAAGAAGCCAACUUCCUGCUGCAGAACAUCGGAGCGCCGAGGAACCUCACGUUCCCGGACUUCAAGGACCGGAACCCACGAGCCGAGAGGACUUCCUCCAGGAUCACCCAGAGCUACUUCUCACAGCUCAACGCCACCGAGAGGCAGAAGGCAUUCGACUUCUACUACAUGGACUACCUGAUGUUCAACUACCCCAAACCCUUCACAGACCUGCACUGAGUCCAGGACCAGGACCAGGGAGGGCACUGAGUCCAGGAGCAGGACCAGGGGGACACUGAGUCCAGGAGCAGGACCAGAGAGGGUACUGAGUCCAGGAGCAGGACCAGGGAGGGUACUGAGUCCAGGAGCAGGACCAGGGGGGCACUGAAUCCAGGAGCAGGACCAGGGAGGGUACUCAGUCCAGGAGCAGGACCAGGGGGGCACUGAGUCCAGGAGCAGGACCAGGGAGGGCACUGAGUCCAGGAACAGUACCAGGGGGGGCACUGAGGCCAGGAGCAGGACCAGGGAGGGUACUGAGUCCAGGAGCAGGACCAGGGGGGCACUGAGUCCAGGACCAGGGAGGGCACUGAGUCCAGGACCGGGGGGGGCACUGAGUCCAGGACCAGGAAGGGGGUCUGAAGCUAAAGGCUUAACAGAGCAGAACUCCCUCAUAUUUCUGGUUUCAGGACUACAGAAGAACUACUGGUCCUGUUGGACCUUGUCUGAUUAUGGGUCUUAUGGUGGGCCGAGGAAGAACCUGAUCAGGUCUAGGAGCUGAUCUGGAUCACGGGGCAGAUACACUAAUUAUUGGCAGAGGUCUGCCCUUCUAGUUUUCUUUUUCUAUAUCGACCUUCGUUCUUUAUUCUUCAGGAAAUUAUUAAUUACUUUAGUUGCAGAGAACGAAUCAGAACUCUGAUGGAGGAGCUGGUGUUGGUUAAUAUGACCUUUUGACCUUUAGUUUAGUCGUACAGCUGAAUGACUUCUGUGAAGUUAGUUUUACCUUCAUUUCUCUGAGACGUCGUCCACAUUAAGACGUCUGUCCGUCCACAGAGACAGGUACAGCUCUUCUUCUUCUUCUCCUCUUUCCAGGUAAAUCAUGAUCAGGUGAGACCGAUGACAUCAUCAGGUGAGACCGAUGACAUCAUGUUUCCUCUCAAACUAACAGAGUUUAACAUUUAAACUCUGGAUGCUGCAGACAGUUUAAAUAAAACCUGUUUCAAAUCAGAGCAUCUCCAUGACGUAGAUGAUGAUGUAGAUGAUGACGUAGACCAUGACGUAGACCAUGACUUAGAUGAUGACGUAGACGAUGACGUAGACGGUGACAUAGACGGUUACGUAGACGAUGACGUGUCACCAGGCUAAACAGACUAAAGAGACUUUAUGAGAUGAAGAUGAAGACGACAUUGGAGCCUUAACACUGCCAUAUUUCACUUGCUGCAUUACACUGGUUGAUGUGAAUCAUAAUCAUAAUAAUAAUAAUAAUAAUAAUAAUAAUAAUAGUAAUAAUAAAUGUGUGAGCUUUUUAUCUAGAAA